UCUAAUCAAUUCACGUGCCUAAACCCUUCCGGUGACGCAAGAAGAAAUAAAUCUGCCAAUCCGCUAAGGGUGGGAAAUGGAGACGAAAUGAAAAAACUAGAACAAGGAGGGCAUUCCUCGAAGCCAAGCAUCCCGAAAAGCCCCCGGCUAGAGAAACCAAGAAGGAAUAUUAACCAGCACCCAGAUAUUGCUCAUGAUCAGAAAAGUGAACGCCCAAACCCCCAGAAAGAGAAACCAAGAAGGAAUAAUAACCAGCACCCAGAUAUUGCUUAUGAUCAAAAAAGUGAACGCCCUGCCACAGGUGGGCAAACAAACUCAUCUAAUUUGAAAAGGGGCAACUCAAUAAGCAAAUCAGGUUCAAGCGAUGGCAAAGGUUUUUCCAGAUUAAAACGUCCAAUCCGUGUGUGCAUUUUUGCAUGUAUCAUCAUCUGGUUAGUAAAUUCUUAUGUUAAGUCGCCGUUGGAGACUCGGUAUGCACAAAUGCAAUGUCAGAUCGAGACCCUUACUAGCACUAUCAACCAUUUGCAGCAAGGGAUACAUCCUACUGAUCAUGAGGAAUAUCAGACUUGGAUGAACUAUGAAGGAUUUGCUAUGUGAAAAUAUUUGGUGCACGACUGUUUUAUAACCAAACAGUUCUGAUCCUGUUUAUUUUAGUU